CAUCGCCAAAAACUUCCAUUGAGGGCGUACUAACUUCAUGUUUCAAACAUACACUUCAAGAUGGCAACCUCUUUUAGGCAAGACUUGCCCCCAAAAGGGGGAUACGGACCAAUUGACUACAAGCGACAUAUACCGAAAAGAGGAUUCUCAGGAUAUGCCAUGUUUGCUGGAUGUGCUGCCAUCAUGGCUACUGGAUAUAUAAUGUUGAAAAUUGGCAACAAACAUAGAAGACGUUUGCAACAAGAAGAUAGGGAAGCUUACCUAGCAAUAAUGCCAUUAAUUGAAGUUGAAACUGAUAGAGAUAUUCUUAAACGUUUGAAAUUCAACCAGGAGCAGGAGGCUAUUAUCAUGAAAGAUGUACCAGGAUGGAAUAUUGGUGAAAGUGUCUACAACACAGAUCGAUGGGUUGAGCCUUGCAUUGAAGAUCUGUAUUUCCUUGCACCAAAUAAAGAGAAAAACAAGGCUUCAUUUGGAUAUCAUUUCUAUGUUUGAUUCCUAAAUCUCUAUAAUGUAAAAAUGCUCUACAAUAGACGAAAUUUUUCAAGAUUGCUUUAAAUUAUUGCACUUGUAUUGCAAAAUGUUUCAAUUAAAUUAGUUUUUCAAACAGAAUAAUGAUGAGCUUAAAUUUGCAGUCGUCUAUCCUCAUUAAUGAGGUCAUCAAUCUUUAAGUUUUCAUCCUCAUAAUAACUUAGUCUAUGUCUCCAUUUUAUGUAAAAUUUCAUAUAUGUGUCUUAUAUGGUCAAAUGAGGUUCAUUAUACUUGUAUGGACCAUUUAAUAUUCAACUAGUCUUUAAAUAUUAUUACUACUGUACAAUAUUUUUCAGCUAUGCCAUGAUUCAACCCUGACUCGGCUUCUAGUUAUUGUAUACUAUACAUUAGGAUGUAUGGACUUUAUAGAUUCCAUAGUAUAGUAACCUGUUUUCUAAAUUUUUUUUUAUUUCUUGAUGUGGUGUUCGAAAAAAGCUAAAUAAAUUAAGUAUAUUCAUCAUCAAA